CUUCAGAACAAAGAAAAAAAUGGUUAACGCAGUUGCUGAUAUCGGUCUCAUUGGACUGGCUGUAAUGGGCCAGAAUCUUAUUCUGAAUAUGAAUGACAAUGGAUUCGUCGUGUGUGCUUACAACCGUACAGUCUCAAAGGUGGAUAGCUUUUUGCAGAACGAAGCCAAAGGCACCAAUGUUGUCGGCGCACAUUCUAUCGAAGAACUCUGUGCAAAAUUGAAGAGACCAAGAAAAGUUAUGAUCCUUGUCAAGGCUGGUUCUGCCGUGGAUUCAUUCAUUGACCAGUUGUUGCCAUUUUUGGAAAAAGGCGAUAUCAUUAUCGACGGUGGAAACUCUCAUUUCCCUGAUACUAUCCGUCGUUGCGCAGCAUUGGAGAAGACCGGCGUUCUUUACGUUGGUUCUGGUGUUUCUGGUGGAGAAGAAGGUGCACGCACAGGACCAUCUCUUAUGCCCGGUGGAAAUCCAGCUGCUUGGCCAGCAAUCAAGCCUAUCUUCCAGGCUAUUGCAGCAAAGGCUCCCGAUGGUGCCCCCUGUUGUGAUUGGGUAGGCGAGUCAGGUUCCGGUCACUAUGUUAAGAUGGUUCACAAUGGCAUUGAAUAUGGAGAUAUGCAAUUGAUUUGUGAGGUAUAUCACAUAAUGCAUGUUGGUCUUGGACUUUCUAGUGAUGCUAUUGCCGAUGUGUUUGAAGAGUGGAACAAAGGAGAAUUGGAUUCCUACUUGAUUGAGAUUACCCGUGAUAUUCUUAGAUUCAAAGACACCAAAGGCAAGCCUCUUGUCGAAAGUAUCAGAGAUACAGCCGGUCAAAAGGGAACUGGAAAGUGGACUGGUAUUGAUUCUCUCGACCGUGGCAUUCCCGUCACUCUUAUUGGUGAGGCCGUUUAUGCCCGUUGUCUGUCUGCCCUUAAGGAUGAACGUGUGCGUGCCUCAAAGAUUCUCUCGGGCCCUCCUAAGCGCAAAUUCACUGGUGACUUGAAGCUUUUCCUCGAUCAACUUGGCCAGGCUCUUUACGCUUCAAAGAUUGUUUCAUAUGCCCAGGGCUUUAUGUUGAUGCGUCAAGCUGCAAGUGAUCUUAACUGGCACAUGAACUAUGCUGGCAUUGCUUUGAUGUGGCGCGGUGGCUGUAUCAUUCGUUCAGCUUUCUUGGGAAAGAUCCGGGAAGCAUACGACAACAACCAGAAGCUCGAAAACCUUUUGUUUGAUUCUUUCUUCCAAGAAGCAACAGAGAAGGCUCAGGACGCUUGGAGAAGUGUUGUAUCACAGGCCGUUCUUAUGGGUAUCCCUACUCCUGCCUUGUCUACUGCCCUCAACUUCUAUGAUGGUCUUCGUCACGAAAUGUUGCCUGCCAAUCUCCUCCAGGCCCAACGCGAUUACUUCGGUGCCCACACUUAUGAACUCCUAGCUGAUCCAGGAAAGCAUGUCCACACCAACUGGACUGGCCGCGGUGGAAACGUCUCUGCCUCUAACUAUGACGCAUAGUUUUAAUAAGCAUACAUGUAUAUACAUAUAUAUAUAUUUAUAUAUACAAAACCAACAACAGCUCAUAAGAAAAAAAAACAUAAAAGAAUAAAAGCAACAGCUAUUACAUAUAUUUAAACCAAGACUGUGUGUCAAGUAUCUAUUUUUGGGUAAUAGACAUAUAUAAAUUGUUAUUAUUAAUACUUUCUUUUUUGUUUCGUUAUGGAUUUGCUUGGUCUCUGCUUUUUGAAAAAUUCUAUAUAUACAUGUAUUAUAAAUCAGACUUAUGUUACACACUAAAAUUCAAAGGGCAACCCAUUUUGAUAAUCC